UCCGCAGCUGUAGGUGUCGCUAUCGCCACGUGUCCGUUCCAACCCAAAGAGGCAGAAGAAAACACGAGACUGUCAACAAGAGCUUUACUGGCAGACAGCAGAAAUGUCAACAAAUCGCCCUCAUCCAAACUGUACAAACGUUUCAUCUUCAGCAUUAAUGUGAAUUUUUCCGGUGAUUUUCAUUAGUGGGAGCACAGAUCCAUAGGGUGAUCAUGGCCACCCAUCCAGCACCGCUGCCCUUAAGGGAAUUCUGCCCUCUUUACUACCUUCUCAAUGCCAUACCUGCUAAAGUCCAGAAAGGCUUUCGUUCUGUGCUGGUUUACUUGACCGCCUUGGACAGCAACACUGAUUAUAUAGCGAUUGGCAGCAGUAUUGGAAUGCUGUAUCUGUACUGCAGGAGAGUAAGCCAGAUGAAUAAAUACAACUUAGAGGGAAAAUGUGAAGCCAUCACUGCAGUGAAGUUGCUGAGUUGUUUUGAUGAUCUUGUCGCUGUUGGGACCGCAUCAGGCCGAGUUGCUUUCUUUCAGCUUGUGUCGCCAUUGCCUGGCAGAAAUAAACAGCUGAGACGGUUUGAUGUGGUGGGUUUGCACAAAAGCACCAUUACAGCCCUGGCAUGGAGUGCUAAUGGUAUGAAGCUUUUCUCUGGUGAUGAAAAGGGAAGGGUGGUCUACUCUGCUGUGGAUUUGGACCAGGGAGUGUGUAACCCAGUUGUUCUCUUUGAGGAGACUUCAGCGAUUGUUCAGUUGGAGUAUAGUCAGAAAGUACUUCUCGUUUCGUCCUAUCAGCGCUCAAUGCUGUUUUACACGCAGGAACAGUCGCAUCAGCAGCUGGGCACCAAACCACGAAAAAGCAAUGGAAAGUUUGGUGCCUGCUUCCAGCCAGCAUUGUGCAAACAGAGCGAUCUAGUGGUCUAUGCAGCCAGGCCGGGGUUGCGCCUGUGGAGGACGGAUGUGCGUGGGCGUGUGGGGGAAACCCACGUCCUGAAGCCCCUUUUUAAUCAGGAGGUCCCUCAGUUUGAGCUGUUUCCACGUUCUGUGCCUGCGGGAGGAUAUAGACCUUCAGAAAGACAGCUGGGAUUGGUCAGCUGUUUCCUGAAAGAUGGCUGGGUCCUCAGCUGGAACGAAUACAGUGUUUAUGUCGUGGACUGUACCAAUCAGGUUAUUAUUGGUGGCCUGGAAAGCAGUGGGGAUAUUGUGUCUGUGUCAUGCACUGAGAAUGAAAUCUUCAUUCUGAAAGGCGAUCGGGACAUUUUGAGGAUCUCUAAUAGCCCGGAAGGAUUGAUUUCCAACUUAUUAGACCCCUCCAACCGUUUCACCUCCCCUCUUUCAACACCCACUAUUCUGCUGCCACCUAAUGGUGCCGUGGAGACAGCUCAGCCGAUCAGAACCAUGCCCAUCAUUACAGAACAGGAGACUCAAGCCAAUCCCUGCUCGGAGGAGGCACGUGAGGGGGUUGAGGAGUCAGAGGAGGUGCGAGAGGAGCAGCAGUCUGUGGAGUUUACUCAUGGGGUUGAGGCUCUGGAGGUGGCAGAGGACAUGGAGGAGCAGCAGCGGGUCAGCCUGGGUACGUUGGACUCCCGCAGUCGUAGCAGCUCCAUCACGUCGUGGGAGAGCACGCCUGGCCUGUUCACCGCCACCGAGGCCGAAACUUCGGAGCUCUCCUCCAGCCGAUACAGUACCAUCACAGAAGAGGACUUCAAGCAGGAGCUGGUGGUCAAGGCCAUCAAGCUGAAAAAGAAAGGCAAGAGGAGAAGACAUGAGAGCGGGAACCGUGUAAAUGAGCGCAGCAGCUGGUCGGAGAGCAUGCUCAGUCAGGACGGCCCAGGCAGUGAAGUUCUCAACACUCCCAUGAGUGAGCCUCCUUCUGAUCGUACCAGCCUCCUGUGCAGCAGCCUCGACCUCCACAGUGCAGACUCACCCGACCAUGAGGGCUCCAUUGGUGGAGAAAGUUCCAAUGACUUCAUCCUCCAAAGCCCCCCAAAACCCUCACAAAACCACAAACAAGAGCCUGAUCAGGGUCCAAAUAACCAAAGCCUAGAGACACACCCUCCUUGUCCUACAUCACUUCCUUUACAAAACAUGGACUGUCAGGGAUACUGCGAAAACGUGGACGUGUUUGAGGAACCCGAGCCCCAGGUUGCGGCCACGCCUGACGUGGACAUGCUCCUGGAAUGUACGUUCUCGUACAUGCAGGCAGCUGAUGAACAGGACGUAAUGGAGGACCACAUGAAGGAGGUUGUCCCGCUGGAAGAUUCUGAGCAACGCACCACAGACAGUUUAAAUGGAGACUUCAACUUGGACUUGUCUUACGAUCCAAUUAGACCCCUGGGUUACUCGCCUGAACCCGAGCCAACGCCCUCUAGUGACGAGGAGGACAUCUAUGCCCACGUGCCAUCUAGCACUAGUCUGGGGGACGGACUUAAUGCUCUGAGUUUGCAAGCCUUGACGGCAAAGCAGAACGAAGAUGAUGAGGUGCACCUUAAAGCUGACCAGUUGGCUGAAAGCUGGAUGGGUUAUAGUGGUCCUAGCUGUGGCAUCCUCAGUCUAGUUGUGACGGACAGAUAUCUCUGGUGUCUAGACUUUAAAGGGGUGCUUUACUGCAGCGGGCUGCCAAAUGGUGGUUUAAACUGGCUAAAGUUUGAGGAAAACGUCCAUCAGGUUGCUCUGUCUCAGUCAGGAUCAUUGCUGUGGAAAGUAGAGCAGAAGACAAUGACUGCUUAUGCUUGUGGGAAGGUCUCCAUAAAGGGAAAGAGACACUGGUACAAAGCCCUGGAUGACACAACGUUUGUGGCACUUGGUGAUGAUACAGCGUGGAUCAUUCGCACCAACGGAGACCUUUACCUACAGACAGGGCUCAGUGCGGACAGGCCAUGUGCGCGCUCGGUGAAGGUGGACUGCCCGUGUCCUAUGGCGCAGAUGGCAGCACGUGGCAGUGUUGUGUGGGCACUGAGCGAGCAGAGGGGUGUGUUUUACAGAGAGGGUCUUAGCAGCUACUGCGCAGAGGGCGAGCAAUGGAAGUUUGACACCGUCAGUGAAAGUCAAGGUCUGGAGCCCAUCUGUAUUGCUCUGGGUGAGAAUAACACAGCAUGGGCACUGGACACCAGCGGCAGCUUGUGGUUCAGGACGGGGGUCACUGCCAAAAACCCACAGGGGGAAGAUGACCACUGGUGGCAGGUGAGCAUCACAGACUAUGUGGUGUUUGAUCAGGGCAGUCUCUUCCAGACUCUUAUCCAGGCCACGCAGACCGUAGCUACUGUCACCAGAGCUCCAGUGGAGCGGGUGGCGGAGCGUCUCCGCGUGGCUUUCCUUUCCCAGCACUCCCAGUGCCAGCCCAGCCUCAUCAGCGUCAACAGCAGCGGCGUCUGGAUCGCCUCUGGACGCAACGAGUUUCACGUUGCCAAGGGCAGCCUCAUCGGGACAUUUUGGAGAGGUGUUGUACCCAGAGGAACAGCUUCGGCCACAAAAUGGGCUUUUGCAUUUUCCUCUGCUGUUCCAGGCAAAGAGGGAAGUUUUUUAUGGAUAGGUCAGAGCAGAAAAGACCUGUUUUGCAUCUGGGACCAAGACCUCCAGAUGCGGCCCUUCACCAUACAGUUUCCCCCAGACGUGGAGAUGGUGCAGCUUUCGGCCUGCCGUGACGCUUUGUGGGGCUUAGAUCACUACGGUCGCGUCCACAUCCGUACUUUAUCAUCCAGCUGCCCGACAGGAAUGCACUGGACGUUACUGGACCUCAGCCAGCUCGGUGAUGUAAAGUUUCUCAGUUUGUCCUGUGGCAUUCAGAACGUAUGGGCGUGUGAUACUAACGGCAUGGUGUAUUUUCGGGUUGGAACUCAACCUCUGAACCCCAGCAUGAUGCUCCCUGCUUGGAUCUGCAUUGAACCUCCCGAGCAGCCUGCUGGGCUUCAUCUGGUGAGAAUUCAGACCAGUCCAAAUGAUCGAAUGCUAUGGGCGCUGGACAACAGAGGUUACGUGCAUGUUAGGGUCGGCAUCACAGAGGAGAUGCCUGUCGGGACUGCCUGGGAACACAUUCCUGGACUUCAAGCAAGUCAGCUGGUUUUGAGCAUGAGGACCGCUUGGGUCCGGCUGGCCAACGGUGAAGUGGCUCGGCGGUACGGCAUCACGGAGAAGAACCCAGCCGGAGACUACUGGAAGAAGAUCCCAGGGUUGGUCAGCUGGCUCGCAGUGACUCCUAUGGAUGAACUGUGGGCAGUGACUCCCGCCGGUGCCCUAAAUCAGCGACUUACCAAGACUCUCCAAAACAAUCCGAGCAAAAACCAUGGCAACACGGGUUCCCUUAGCGGAGAGGAGCUUGAGGAAGAGUGGGAGGUGAUUUAAAUGCCACAAAUUGUGUCAAAGCCCCCCAGAAUCACUUUUCUGUGAAUAUGUGUUGGCACUUUAUUCAUUUCUUCUUAUCCAGUUUACAUUUGUUAUACCCGUUUCGUUUUUAUCCAGCCCAUAUUUAUUAAGUUUUAACAUCCGUAUGCACAGUUAGCUGCUUUGUUAUUUGUAUUGAUUUUAGAUGGAGGCUUGGUUUAUAUUGAUGCACUUUGCUCGCUACGUAGAAAAAUGUUUAAUGUAAAUCCGUUUUUAUUUGUGAAAUAGAGGGACUAUGUAAAUAUUUGUUAUUUGACUAAACAAAUAAUUCUAGGUACAGGAAGAUAUGUCACAAUAUUAUUCGGAACUAACCAAUAAGGGGGCAUUUGUAAAGACAGGAUCUCUGAUUUUAGGUAUUGAACUGGUUUUAGAGGCUUUAGUUUAGGAUGGUAAGGGAUUUGGUUAUAAAUACACCUUGACUGGUGUAAAAUCAUGGUAGCAUUUGGCACAUAUCUAGAGAUAUAGAGAGAGCAUGGUCUCCCAUUUACCUCCAUUUACACUGUAGUGAUGUGUUGCAUAAAUGUGAGGUCAUUUAAAUGGACGGUUUGUCUUUUAACUUUAACAGCAGCAUAAUAAUAUUUGUUUGAUAGAAUCUAUCAUGAAAUCUGUUAUGAAAAAAAAUGUAUGUUACUGCUGGACAAGUAUCCCGUAUAUGCGUCCAUAUAAAGACAAUAUCUUGAUGAGUAAUCUAUUAUAGAUAACUAUAAUUCACUGCGAGGUCUAUGUUUAAUUUUCUAAAUGUAUAUAUAUUCAUUGUCCGACUUUGUGAAGUGUUUGUGAAUCUUUCUUUUGACGCCUCAGCAAUGCAUCAAAUGCACAUACAGUAGGGGAUCAAAAUAGCCAUGCAAGCAAUGUUGCAAUAUGUUUUUCUUUUUAUCUUGUUUCAUUUGCCUAUUUGCACAUUAUGUUUUCAUCGUUUUACUUUCCAGGCCUUGCUAAAGUUUCACUUGCCGGUUUUAUUAGACCAUACUGUAAGGAUAAAUGAAGUAAUAAUUGUCGGACACUGGGCAUUUAUUUAUGCAGCUAAAAGUGAACUCGUAAAAUAAUCUCACCUGUCUUUCCUUCAUGCUUAGUCAUGACAACUUCCAAAAUUAAAAAGUUUACAACUAA